AUCAGUGUGCAGUGGAUGAGAGGCCAGCAUGUGGUGGACCUGCAGGACCUUCUUGGUGCUCCUCACGGGGCUCCUGGCUCUCUCCUUGUCUCCUCAGGCCGACUCGGCGGCCGUGCUUAGCAGCCAGGACGCCGCCAAGGAGCCACCGGGUCCGCUGAGGAGGGUCUUCAUGAAGGAGGCCGACGCCUCGGACUUCUUCAGGCGGCGCAGCAGACGGGCGGUGAAGUCACCUGACGAGCUGAGUGCCGAGCAGCGGCAGAUCCAGGCGGCGGACGAGCGCAGGAGGGAGUUCCACGAGGAGAAGAGGAACAAGUUUGAGAGCUUCGCCGAAGAGGAGGGCGACGAACAAAACGAGAGGACCCGGGAGAGCACGGAGCAGUGGAGGGAGUUCCACUACGACGGCAUGCAUCCUCCUUACGAGUACAACCGUCAGACCAACUGAAACGGCGUUCCGGAACAUGCUAAUGUUAGCCCUUUGUAGUUUGGCUCAAAAGAUGCAACCACACGCUUGAACAAGACUUGUUGUUUUUUUUUUAAUACACAACAUUUGUGCAUCGACAUGCAACACAUGCAUCUGGGGACUUCACAGUUUCUGCCAUAUAUAUUUAUAUUUAUAUUUUGGUGCUUUGUGAGGGAAGACGACAACAUUGAGAAAAGAAAACAUUCCAGACUGCAGUAAACUUUCUCGGAUUUGUAUUUACAGCAAACUGAGGCUCAGUGGAUUUAUUUACUCACCAUAAAUAACAACAAGUUAAGGUGAACUGCACUUUUUUUUUGGGGGG